UUGCUUUCAUUUAGGCUAUAUAUAUUUUUUAAAUAGGUUAAAGUCAUAGAGAUUUUUUUGGAAUAGCAUUUCGCCCUGGAGCGGUGCGCAAUGCUAUCGCACGCCGACCUCCUGGAUGCUCGCCUCGGUGAGUUAUCAUCGCCAAACUCCGGUCUUCAACUCUACUGUAAGCUGGAGGCACUUCUAAUCUAAAUCAAGCAGAGAGAAUUGACAAUUUGUUUCUUAUUUUAUCUUAAUGUCCUUUAAGUGAGCUAAUUCAUUGGAAAAGUAAUUAUUAUUAUUAUUAUUAUAUUACUGGGUAAUUUGAUUUAACCGUUUUCUAAAUUAUUGACUUGAUCGAAUGGAAUUAAGGAGUAGAUUAAACGGUGUAUGCUAGUUGUGUGCUUGUUUGAAUUACAUUUAGUCUCUGGUUUUAUCCAUAAUAUAAUGUCCACUUCGAUGUUUUCAGCAUGUUUUUAGAAAAUAUCAUUUUGUAAAAUAACAAAAUGUUCAACCAGCUCUCUGCAUGCAUGGCAAACUAUAGCCUAUGUUCCUCUCUUGCCAGACUUUGACAGCUUCGUAAAAGUGUCACAUUCAAUAGCCUAACUGAAGAAUGUAUUUUCAAUAAAUAUCUUGUCAAUUAUAAUUUGUUCCUUUAACACAGGGUAGGCUAUUAUAUUAUACAAAAUAAAUGUAACAUUGCCUUUAAAUUCUGACCGGGUGUUGUAUCUAUCCAGGGAUGAAGGAUGCCGCAGCAGAGCUGCUGGGUCACAGGGAGGCUCUAAAGUGCAGACUAGGCGGUGGAGUGGGACCUGACCCCGGACACUCCGGCGAGCUAGCCCCGGGCCCAGACACCGUGGAGGGGGCUACCAUGCUCCCUGGAGACGAUAUCAACAAUGGAGGAUCCAACCCUUCCGGCAUGCAGGUCAACAGUAAAGAGCAACAGGACAAGCAGCAGCAGAAUAACUCCAGCCAAUCCGGAGGAAGUCAGAGUCAGAGUCAGAAACAGAAGCGCCACCGGACCCGGUUCACCCCGGCCCAACUUAACGAACUGGAGCGCAGCUUCGCCAAAACGCACUACCCAGACAUCUUCAUGAGGGAGGAACUGGCCCUACGGAUCGGCCUAACGGAAUCUCGCGUUCAGGUAACGGAAUCUCGCGUGCAGGUUUGUUUGUGAUACGGGUUGGGAAAUGUGUGUCUCAUAGAAAAUUAUUUAGAAGCAACAAUAAUAAAACUGUAAGAGUAGUGUAAUAAUACUGCGUAAAAAUAUGUGAUGAAAUGUGUAUGCUUAUGUAUUAGCCCUUUUAACCAAACAAAAUAAUGUAGGCCUAAAUAUUAAGUCAAUGGCUAUUAUUAUUUCACUUCAAGUAGGGCCGACACAAUAAUAAUAUUUGCUAUUUGUAGCUAGGCAUAAUGGAUAAUUACAAAGUAAACCUACAUUAUAGUUUAAAUUAUGAGGAAAAUAUCCAACUCACAGCUGUUCUCACAGAAGUGCUAAUAUAAUAGUAAAAGUAGCCUGCAUCUAAUGAAUAUAAAGUGGAGCCUAUAGAAGGAAGUACAAUAAUAUAUACCUUGAUACUGGGUGAGAAAUAGCUCGAUAGAAAUGUAUAAUAACCUAAAAUAUUGUGCCCUAUUAUUCCCAUCGAACCAAAACGAUAGCGGAAGAGGAAGUAGCCUUGUGUUUUUUUUAUCUUCAUCGAGGCAACCAUCUUUUAUUUCCUUGUAUCAAAAAUAAUAAUAGCAUACACCUGAUCCCCGAUUGUAUUUUGUGAGGGUUUUGUUUCUGUUGUUCAAAGUAUUAGAAAAUGCAAAAUAGGCUAGAAGGUAAAAUCCCUGACAAAACUGCUUUGGGCGUGCGUGCUGUCCAUGGUGCUGAAACGAACGCGCCAGGUCGAUUCGCGUGAAACCAGAUGCAUUUGUUUGAUUCAUACAAUAAAUGUGUCCCGAAAAGAUGUUAUUCAAGACAGAAAUUUGAAAACCACGAUUUUAAGAGAUAACAUUUUCCAGAAACAAACGGAGGGAAAAUAAAAUAGAAAUUAAAACAGCUUUUAACUAGCCUAUUAUCAAGUUGCAUUAAUAAAUUGACUUGGAUAUAAUUUACAUUUCAUGAGCGUACGUAGGCCUAUUCAUAAUAUCUGGCAAUCACAGAUUGUGGGCUACUUGUGGAAAAAGUAAGGACAUCCAAUGUAGGCCUAGGUAUAUGCCUAUAAUUCAAGAAAAUAUAUGAAAAACAAUUCACGAAAUUAAGAAUUGUAUGUAGGCUAUAUUUUUUCAUAUAAGGCUACUAAUUGUAUCAAAAAUAAAUAUUACAUGACAAGAUUUGACUGAAUUUAAGAUAUUACUCAUGGUAAACAAAAAAAAUAUGGAGGCCUACUACCUAUGGAAUAAGCCACUUAAAACUGAAUGGGCCAGAUAAAAACAAGAGGCACUUUAUUUGGGAAUGACGUUGGUUCUUAAAAUCUAAUAACGUUUCGUGUCAUUUUCCUAUUGGAGUGGGCAUAUUCAUGCGUCCUCAUGCGAGAUGAAAAUGAAAUGAUAUUGCUUUAUUAUACCCUCACAAUUAAACUCAUUUAAUUACUUUAUUUUGUUUCCCGUUACAUUCCAUAAUUGCCAAAAUAGCGCACAAGAUUAAUUCAAGAACAGCGCGACAUUGCAGUUGGCUUUGGUCCUUGUCUGAUGCAUUGUCGUUCUCGUAGCCAUUCUCAGGGUGAUAGUGCAAUAAAACCAAAGCCUUUAUUAUCAACCAAUUUAAGAAUUAUUUAUUGCAAUGAGGGCUUAUUAACCAGCAAUGAAAAAUGUAGACGAGUCGUUCACAUGUAAAACAAUAACCGUGGUAAUCAUAAUUAUUGCACGGAUCAAUUCGGUUUUAAUAUUUUAUUUACAUAAAGUAAGAAUUAGCGAAAUGAUGAUCCCUUUAUAAAGCCCAUCACCAAUGAUAAUAAUACUUCUAAACCAACCGGUAAAAAUGGAUCUGGGAUGUUUCGAAUGAGAAGGCGCAUGCAGCUUGCGCUGUUCUCUUGUUGAAUGGGCCUGUCAGAGUUCCACGUCUUAAUGGCGGACGCGCUGAAAGUGUACUCUGUCUUUUAAACGGAAUGAGAAAUAGCAUUUUUUUUUAUUUGAAGUGUAAUGCAUUUGAGGCUGGAUUUCACGGCUGGCUGCUCUGGGGGAGAGACUGAGAUUGGCCUCUUAAUACAACGGCCCAGUUUCUCAACCAAAUCUUCACAUUAAUCAUCGCCGCUAUCCGGGUUACUAUAGUCAUAUAUGAGAUCUAUAUAGGCCUAGAAAGUCUCUCUCAAGGACCCGCGGAAUAAACACAUGUGAUCCAUUUCUAACUGCGGCCUGGGUCACAAUAACGCCUUUAUUUCCAAAAUACUGAUAUUAUUGUUGUUUUGUGUAGGCUAAUAGUCAGUUUAUAUCCAUGUUAUGCAGCAAAUUGGUUAAAGCAGAACAUGUGUUGAUAUAUCAAAUAAAUAUAGCUACUACUGAUUUAAAUAAUAAACAGAUUUCGGAUAUUUUAAAUUCAUAACAAAAUAGUUGCAAUAACAUAUUCUCUGCUGACAUGACCGUCUCCCCCAUAGGCGUAUAGGUUUAGGCUACAUGGAAAUUACUUUGUGUUUUCUGACUUAGCCAUUUUUAUUGUAUGAUAUCCAGAGGUGUUUUGGUUACGCACUAAUGCAGGCAUGCCACAGACGAUUUACUGAAAUUGAUUUGGCGUAAUGACAUAGAAGCUAUCAAAACCCUCGUUUAUGGCAUGUCAUUUCAUCAGUUAUAUCAUGUGUAGUGUUAUUCAGGGUAUCCCAUGAUAGAAAGAAGAUUUGUAAUGGCAAUAUCUGAGUUAUGUGCUACCUGCUUAUGAACCUAAAACGCUUUCCCGUGAGUAAAAGUGAGCAUAUACAGAAAUGUACAGUAGGCCUACUCAUUGUGUCUGAAAUUGAUGACACUUUAGCCAGAUGCAUAAACCAAUGGAUCAUCUCGAUCGAGAGAGAGAGAGAGAGAGAGAGUAGCAGAGAGAGAGAGUCUACUUCUCUCUAUCUCUCUAUCUCUCUCUUCUCUCUCUCUUUCUCGAUCUCUCUUCUCUCUCUCUCUCUCUCUCUCUCUCUCUCUCUCUCUCUCUCUCUAUCUCUUUUACUCACUCCACUCACUCCACUCCACUCCACUCCACUCCACUCCACUCCAGGUUUGGUUCCAGAACCGACGCGCCAAGUGGAAGAAGCGCAAGAAGACCACCAAUGUUUUUCGCAAUCCGGGGACGCUGCUGCCCACCCACCACGGCCUGCACAGCCAGUUCAACUCUGCCGCUGCCGCCGCCGCGGCCAUGGGCGACAGCCUAUGCUCCUUCCACGCCAACGACACACGAUGGGCUACGGCAGGGAUGCCAGGCGUCUCUCAGCUGCAGCUCCCUCCAGCCCUGGGUCGCCAGCACCAGCAUGCCAUGGCGCAGUCCCUGUCCCAGUGUAGCCUGUCCGGUCCACCGCCCAACUCCAUGGGGCUUUCCAACAUGUCGUCGAACGGAUCCGGGCUCCAGUCUCACCUCUACCAGAACCCGUUCCCUGGGAUGGUCUCGGCCUCCCUGUCCGGUCCCACCAACGUGACGGGCUCGCCCCAGCUGUGUAGCUCCCCAGAAAAUGACGUCUGGAGAGGGACGAGCAUCGCCUCCCUGCGGCGCAAAGCGCUGGAGCACACAGUAUCCAUGAGUUUCACUUAGUAGUAACCACCACCAAGCCAAGGGCCAGGUUUUACGCGUUUUUAUUUUUACUUCGUCGUCUUAUAUAAUUUUUUCAUUGUUUUUUAACACAUCCAGCCCAAUACAGCUGGACAAGGAUGUGAAUGUCUCCAAGCAAAAAACGCAACAGCAAAACAACAGCCCUAUUCCCCAGUUUUGUUGCCAAACUAAUACUGAAACCAAACAAUUUGAAGGUGGAUAAUUGGGUAAAUAUUUAGCUUGUUAAUUUAUGACGUGCAUGUAUUGAUGACAACUUUAUUUAUUUGACAUUUAUAUAGGCUAUAUUUAUUUAUUUAUCAAUGUAUUUAUUUAUUUAUCCAUUUUUUUAUAUAACACCUCGUUUUCGUUUCCUUCGUUUAUAACAAAAUUGUAGACUACUGAUAUUUGCUACUGGAGUUUCUAACAGUUUCCACAGGCCGAUGGUCGAGGGUAUAAAAACUGUAAAAAAAAAAAAAAGAAAGCUCAUUUUUAAUGUUAUCUGCUGC